AUUUCUGUCUCAUAGAAUACUAACAAAAAAGUAAAGAAAAAAUAACAAAUUUUUUCUAAGCAAUAAUAAUUACUUACAAAACUAAAACUAAUUUUAACAGAAUAAGAAAAUAUUUUUUGUGUUCAUAAUUUAGCAAAUUUAUUUUCUAUAUUAUUCUAAUCUUUUUCUUGCUUACAAAUCUUUAGAAAACCAAUAAUAAGCAAAAUGAAGAAUUCUACGUUCACCAAUUUUAGUUACAACUCACCUAUAAAGCCAUCAAAAGAUCAUUAUUUAAAGCACAAUAACAAUCAAAAUUAGGAAUGCACAAAAAAUAUUUCGAUGACUCCAAUAAUAAAAUCAGAUUAUAAUGACCAUAAAAAGGGCGAAUCAUUAACAGAAAGCAAAUUAUCGAAAUUUGAGGAAUAAUUUAAAACUUAAAAAAUAUAAAUAAAUAAGAAAUAGAAUUCACUGUGUUAGGAAGAUGAUGCUAUUAUUAACCAUGGAUUAUUGCGACAUACAAAUACUUCCGAGGCUAUUUUAUUAUCGCAAGGACAGAAUUAAUCGCUGUAAGCUAAAUAAUAGUCUGGUAUUGUAACUGAAAGUCCCUUUAAAUCUCGCUCUAAAAAAGCUUCUUAAAAUGUAAAUGUAUCUUGCUUACCAAAUAUCUUUUAAGACUAAGAUGAAUACACUUUUAUACGAUAAUAGUAGCAAGCUAUUGUAGAUGGAUUGGCUAUUGACUCCAAGCUUCAUCCGAACGGAAGUAUUAAUAAGAAUUAUUAAUCCUCAAGGUUACAGUAAUAGAGUCAAAUUAAUGAAUACUCUAAAAAGAAAAAUUAAAUUCGUAUACGAUCUUCUUAAAAUUAAGAUAGUUAGAAGUAUAUGAUGGGAGAAGAUUAAAUAGUAGGCAGUAAACCUAUCCAUUAUAGAGUAGAAAGAUAAGCCAAGAGCAAUGAUUAAAGACAUGCAAAUAAUAUUAAAAAAGCUAUUAGAGUUUAAUUAAGUAAAAAUCCUGCUCUAGCAGCUUCUCUUGAAAUAUAUACUAAUGGUAACCAAUAGUCUCUUCAAUAAAUUUCUAAGGGAGUUUAGCCUUAUGUUAUUAACUAAUUUUUGCAAAAAAGAAAAAAUCUCCUUCAGAAAAAGGUAAGUGUGCACAAUCAUUCAGUUAACAAUAGGAGAGGUUAAAACCAUUCACUGUAAUAUAGAAAUGAUGGAAUGAAUGCGAAUACCAAAAAUAAUAAUAGCAACUACAACAAUAAUUCGUUUAAUUGCUUCGUUAAUAAAAGCUAAAUAUUAGAUGAAAGCUAAGCAAAUUACUCUUAAACAUAAAAGCUGACGUAGAACAAAUAUCAAAAUUAAGUUAAACAAAAUAAUAUACAAGCAAAUAAUAUUGUGAUAAAUUAAACAAAUACGACCAAUUUAAAUGCUUUACUAAGUGAAUAUAGAAACAAUAGUGCAUAAUAACGUUUAAUCCUUUAGGAUUUUUAUAAUUAACAAGGAAUUAAAGACCCAGAAUUUACUUAGAAAUAAUAAUCUUUAAUUGACUAAUAUAAUCAUUCUAAACAAACUCUAAAUGAAAAAACAUAAAGCGAUAGUCCUAAAAAGUUGACUCCAUAAAAUACAAAUAAUCAAUCUUUUGGAAUUGCAUAAUCUAUAAAAGAAAUAAAAAAUGAUCAUCAAAAAACGAUAGAGAAGGAAUUUAACAAUAACGAUAGAUAUGAGGAGUCCUUAUCUAAUAUUUCAUAUGUUCAAAAUUUUAUGGAUAAUGCAUAUGGAGGGUUUCAAGAAAAUGAUACGAAUGGCUAGAGUAAUAAUAGUUUUUUAACUCAGUCAAUCUCAUCAAAUAGAAAGUUAACUAAUAACUAAAACUCUAAAACAUCUUUGAAGUAAAAAAACACUAAUGCAUAAAAUAAAGAACUUACAGGUACCAAUUCAGAGUUUUAUGAAGAAAGCCAAACUCAAAAUUAAAAAAAAUAAAAUUAAAUUAUGAAUUCAAACACUGUAGGAUAAAACCUUUAACAAAAUAGUAGUAAUUUAAAUGUGUCGCCAAAAUCAAAAAGAAAUGCUAACAGUAAUAACUAAACUUCUCCAGUUAUUGACUUUUAAAACGUAUAUAACAGCAUAAAUAAUAAGAGUGCUGACCAAACUUUGUCUCCAAUAAAAAAUACAAAGGGUGACAAAAAUUAAUCUUCUCUUAUCCAGUAACGCAUAGUAUUAUAAUAAUAAAAAAGAAGAGGUAAUUCAUUUAACUAUACUAAAGGAGGGACCUUCAGUAUUGCAGGAAGUGGAGACGCAUCGUUUGAUUUAAAUUUUGUGACAUAAGAAAAAAAUACCAACAACAACAACAACUAAAAUAAUAAUUAAAAAUAGUUUGAUUUUUAUGAGAAUAAAUCAUAUUAUUAAUAAAACAUGUUUUCACCUCCAAGAAUACAUAAAACGAAAGCAGUUUAUGUUCAUAGUAAUACAAUGUCUAAUUAAGUCGAUAUAACUAAAUUGAAUAACUUGGAAGAGUACAACUUUUUAAAUGAAGAUUAAUCAGAAAAAAGAAGUUAGUCUAAUCCAAGAGCUGUCAUUUCUUCUAAUUUAAAUGAUCAAGUAUUACUUAUAAAAUCUUAAGUUCCUGAAUAACAACAACAACAACAAUAGCAGUAGUAAAAUUUAGAGAUAAAAUCCAAUAUAAUUACUUCUGCUUAUACUGUAUAAUAGAAGUUACCUGAAGGAAUUUAUACAUGCUAUUUUUAGAAAGGCAACAACAGUGGUUUAGUUAGAAGAGUGCUUCUUACUCGCUCAAAUUGGAGAGAGUCUCCUGUUUACUCUAGCAAUCUAAAUUUUAGAUGGCAUCCAUUUUCGAAGGGAAUUAAAUUUGAAAGUUUGAGCUUACAUAAAAAAAGAAUUGUCAAUCAUUUUGAAUUUCAUGCAGAAAUUACUACAAAAAAUGGAAUCAUCAAAAACAUUGGAAGAUAUUGCAGUGAAAGAGGAUUAAAUAUUUUUGAUUUUACUCCCACAACAUUUUUGUUUUCUUUGAAAGAAAAAUUCUGGGAUUUAGAUUUAAUAAGAUUUUGCGAUUUCUUUUACAAGAAUUUACCUGAACCCUUAAAAACUUAGAACGAAUAUAAAAAGAAUUACAUUGAGAUCAAGAGUAAAUUCAGAUAGGUCUAAAUUCGUACGAACAAUUAAAAGUCUAACAAGAAGAAAUAACUUGGAAUUGUUGCUCCACCAGGAGUGGAUAAAUAUGGAGAAAUGAAAAUUCACAAUACUUUUUUAGGUGAUUCAUAAAGUAGCUAUAUUUGGUUGUUAAAACCUACAAAUCUAAAUAGAGGCAGAGGAAUCGAAUUAUUUUCUAAUUUAUUCUAGCUUGAAACUCUUUUAAAUAAUUAUUUUGAUGGAUUUUAUGAGUAACCUAUACAAAGUAAAGCUUAACCAAAUGAUGAUAAAUAGACUCUGCAAUAAUAGUAAGAUAUGUUGUUAGAUAUAGCCAUGGCAGAGAGUAUCGCAAAUCAAGAGAAUAAGCAAAAAAAUGAAUAAAACGAAAAGGAGGAACCUGUCUUGAAAAAUUUAUUCGAUAAAAGCUUAUAUGUAACCCCUAAUAACUUAGAAAAAGAAGAAGAGAAAGGGAAAAAAGUGGAUUAAAUGAAAAAAAGCUUAAAUCUAAAUAAUAACAAUGAUGGUGAUUUCCAAGAUAAAUAUUUAAUUAUAAAAAAUAAUAACAAUCGAAAUGAAAAAGACAUUGAACUUACUCCAAACUCAUAACAAACAGGAGCAUUAAACUAAACUGAAUAAUUACAAAACGAAUAGCUUAAUGAUUAAUAAGAGAGCCCUAAAAAAAAUGAAGAUGGUGAAACAGAAAAUAAACCAAAAAAACAAAAAAUUAAAAAAAAUAAAGCUAGUAACAGCAACCAUAAUGUCAACUACAAUAAUAAUAUUCACAUUUCACGUAUACGUGAUUUAUCUCUUCCCAAAAAACCAACUAUAAUUACUUAAGCUGCAACUAAUAGUAGUACAAGCGGAAAUAGCUCUAACAAUUAAAAUAAGCAGCCAAACUCUCCAGAAAAAAAAGGUAACAAAAAUAGUAAUGGUAUAUCAGCAGAAUUUGGAGGCUACUUAAUGAAAGAACAUUCAUUUGUAAUUUAAAAAUAUAUUGAAAAACCUUUCCUUAUAAAUGAAAGAAAAUUUGAUAUUCGUAUGUGGGUUUUAGUUAAUUAAAAUCUUGAUGUCUACUUAUUCAAAGAAGGUUACAUUCGUACAAGCAGUAAAAAAUACGAUGUUUCAGAUUAGGAUAAUAUUUUUAUUCAUUUAACUAAUAAUGCAAUCCAGAAAUACUCUGAUUCAUAUGGGCAAUACGAGAAUGGUAAUUAGCUAAGCUUGGAUAAUUUUGAUGAAUACCUCUAGAAAAAAGGUUAUAUUCAAACUUUCAGAGGUGAUAUAAUGCCAAGAAUUAAGGAGAUCAUAACUAUAUCUAUGCUAAGUGUGAAGAAUAAGCUGAAUGCUAACGAUAGAAAAUACUCAUUUGAGCUUUUUGGCUAUGAUUUCUUUAUAGAUUAAUAAUUUAAUGUUUGGCUAAUUGAAAUCAACACAAAUCCCUGUAUUGAAGAAUCUAGUCCUCUCCUUGAAAUGUUGAUCCCUAGAAUGAUAGAUGAUGCUCUUAAAUUAUCUGUAGAUCUCAUAUUCCCUCCUCAAUACUCUGAUGAUAUAAUAUAAAAAUAAAUCCAAAAACACAGCUAAAAUCAUAAAGAAAAGAAAAGUUAAAAUAUUGAAAAUAAUCCUAAUAACCAGCAAUUAGGAAAUGAUAAUUAAAAUUUUUCUCAACAUUCUAAGAAAGGUCUGAUAGAGUCUCUUUUCCCUGUGACUGGAUACUCAAGUUAAGAAAAUAUGUUCUAAUUCCUAGUUAAUUUAUAUAAAUCUAAUUGA